CUACAGACUCGCUCCACCAAACAAUCAAACAACAAUUCAGAUUAUUCGAAGAAUUUUCUCGUUUACUGAUCGAAUCUAACGUAUAAACCGUCUUUUCUCUUUCCCUCUCCACUCUCCUCUCUCUCUCUCUCCGCCGUCCGAUUCGCCUCCGAGCGUUUCCUCCGAAAAGAACAUCCCCAUCCCCAAUGGACGUUCGCAGGCGAUCGACGAUGGCAACCAAUCCCAAAACCAUCCAACCACAACCCAUGAAACAACAACAACAACAACGACUCAAAGUGGUCGACGACGACGAUGUUAACGUGAACCCAAAACCCUCCGAUGUCUUGUCACUACCUCUGUAUUUCACAAACGCCGUGUUUUUCACUCUGUUUUUCUCCGUAGUUUACUUCUUGCUCACUCGCUGGCGCGAGAAGAUCCGAAAUUCCACUCCUCUCCAUGUCGUUACCUUCUCUGAGAUCAUCGCGAUUUUCGCUUUCUUCGCUUCUUUCAUUUACCUCUUGGGUUUCUUCGGUAUUGAUUUCGUUCAGUCUUUGAUUCUCCGACCUUCCUCCGAUGUCUGGGCCGUCGAUGAUGACGAAGACGAUAUUAUUAUCAAGGAAGAUUCUCGCAAAGUACCUUGUGGGGCUGCUCUUGAUUGCCCAGUUCCUCAGAUUGCGACAAGCCCAAUCGUCGCUUCACCUAAAGCUGCACCAAAGGUGGUUGAUACAUUUCCUGACUCAACUCCUGCGGCGACCACCACCGAAGAAGACGAGGAGAUUAUCAAAGCCGUUGUGGCUGGAACAACGCCGUCGUAUUCUCUCGAGUCUAAGCUCGGAGAUUGCAAGAGAGCGGCAGCAAUCCGGCGGGAGGCACUUCAGAAGUUGACAGGGAAGUCGCUAUCCGGGUUGCCAUUGGAGGGUUUUGAUUACGAUUCGAUUUUGGGACAGUGCUGUGAGAUGCCGGUGGGUUAUGUACAAAUUCCGGUGGGUAUUGCCGGGCCGUUGUUGCUCGACGGGAGGGAGUAUUCCGUACCCAUGGCUACCACGGAGGGGUGCUUGGUGGCAAGCACCAACAGGGGUUGCAAGGCGAUUCACUUGUCCGGUGGGGCUAGCAGCGUUUUGUUGCGUGACGGCAUGACAAGAGCUCCAGUUGUGAGGUUCGGAACCGCUAAAAGAGCUGCUGAAUUGAAGUUUUUCUUGGAAGAGCCUGAAAAUUUCGAGACCUUGUCCAUCAUUUUCAACAGAUCAAGCAGAUUUGGGAGGUUGCAGAACAUCAAAUGUGCUCUUGCUGGGAAAAAUCUAUUCAUGAGAUUCACUUGCAGCACCGGUGAUGCCAUGGGGAUGAACAUGGUUUCCAAAGGUGUUCAAAAUGUUUUGGACUUUCUCCAGAACGAAUUCCCUGACAUGGAUGUUAUGGGAAUCUCUGGUAACUUCUGCUCAGACAAGAAGCCUGCUGCGGUGAACUGGAUCGAAGGACGUGGAAAGUCUGUUGUCUGUGAGGCUAUCAUUAAAGGUGAUGUGGUGAGGAAGGUGUUGAAGACCAAUGUGGACGCUCUGGUGGAGCUUAACAUGCUCAAGAACCUUACUGGCUCGGCCAUGGCCGGAGCUCUUGGUGGCUUCAAUGCCCAUGCUAGUAACAUUGUUUCUGCGGUCUACAUAGCCACCGGCCAAGAUCCAGCUCAAAAUGUGGAGAGUUCUCACUGCAUCACAAUGAUGGAACCUGUCAAUGAUGGAAAGGAUCUGCACGUCUCUGUUACAAUGCCAUCCAUUGAGGUUGGUACAGUAGGAGGAGGUACCCAGCUUGCCUCUCAGGCAGCAUGCUUGAACCUUCUUGGGGUGAAGGGAGCUAACCGUGAGUCUGCAGGGGCAAACGCAAGACUGCUGGCCAGUAUUGUUGCUGGUUCUGUUCUUGCUGGGGAGCUUUCUCUGAUGUCGGCUCUUGCAGCUGGGCAGCUCGUCGGAAGCCACAUGAAAUAUAAUAGAUCAAACAGGGAUGUGACUGCUGCUGCUUCCGCCUAGGAUAAUUUAGAUACUCCAAUCAUAAAAGGCUCCAAUGCCUCUAAGAACGGCGUAAAAAUUCCCAAAAAAUAAUAGUUACAUAAAUCAUCCAUCAAUUAGGCAUGGACAGUCAGGAUUGGAAAAAUGAAGAACAGAGAAAACACAGCAAACCUAGCUAAGCAAAAAGAGUUGUACUGUUUGUAUUCUUUUGUUCUCUUCUCUUCUUUUUUUAGUCUACUUUUUUAAAUUAAAAGUCCUGUAAGAAACUUUCUACAAAUUGUGUAAAAUGGAAAACUUUUAGCAUCAAGUUUAUGCCAAAAGUCUGUACAUUGUGUUCUUGUAUCAGCAACAAAUCUUCUUUAUGUUAUUUUAUUUUUUUCA